AUGGGCGCCGUCUUGUGCCGCCUCCGUCGUCGGCAACGCUCAAUUCAUAUAUCCGCUGAAGUCACUUUCAUCUUCAUAUGUUGUCUCCUCCUUGCCUCCUCCUCCUCCUCCUACUCGGCUUCCUCCAUUCGCCUCAUCAACAACUCAAUUCCAAAACCCGGAGUAGGAGGAGUAGGAGGGGUAAAAGCGUCUGAGAGGAGAAGACUUGUUGGAGGGUUGGGAUCGUGGCCACCGGCAUGUAAAUCAAAGUGCGGGAUUUGCUCACCGUGCGAUGCGGUUCAUGUGCCCAUCCAGCCUGGUUUCAGUACGCCACAAGAGUACUAUCCCGAGGCUUGGCGUUGCAAAUGCGGGAACAAGCUAUUCAUGCCUUAACAUAAUAAAUUAAUUAUAAAAUAUCUUAUUAUUCAAAAAUAAAAUAUAUAAAAAAAAAAAAAAGAGGACAAACAUUUUAGGAAUAGUAGUAGUAGUUGUAUGUUAUUAUUAUUAUUAUUAGUGUUGUUGUUUGUAUGGAAGCAAGUGUAGAGUUUUGAUUCUUUUCUUUUUCUAUGUUUACAUUAAUGUCUAAGAAUUACCAUUUUUACUCACUUUUGCCUAAUUAUUUGUAUUAUUAUAAUACAUCAUUUUAUGAAAGUUUAGGCA